AUGGCAUCUGAGAGACAGACAUUCAGUGCAAAGUGGACCAAGUCUGUAACCAACCUAUUUAUUGGUUUGUUGGUGGAUGAGGUCAAAAAGGGGAAUCGGACCUCUUCUACUUUCAACAAAGCAGGGUGGAGGAAUAUACAUAUUGAAUUCAUUAGACAAACAGGAUGCCAAUAUAGCAUGGUCCAGCUGAGGAACAAGGAGAAUGUAGAGUGGGCAAAAUUCAGGAAGGAUGGAUUUCCCCAGUAUCCCGAGCUAUGUAUUGUAUUUGGUGGUACAUAUGCUACUGGGGAAUAUGGCUUUGAAAAUGCUCAAGAUUUGACAGUGUCGGAGGAAGAUCACAAUGGUGAUGGCAAUGUAGGCGGUGACAACAGUGGUUGCAAUGCAUAUGGUGACAACAGUGGUGGCAAUGCCUAUGGUGAUGCUGGUGGUGACCAUACAGAUGACUUCAGUGAUCACCACACUGAUGAGAGAGUGUUUACAUCAGACAAUGCUGCAACUUCAACUCGUGGAAAGCACAAAUUGGAUAGGACUCCAAAUACUAAGAGGAGAAGGAAGAGUACCCAAAACAGUAUUUAUGACACUUGCAAAGCCAUACAAGACUUUUUGACAGUUAGGUCAAGUCAAUUUGGUAGUGGCUCUGCGGCCUCUGGGGUUAUGCCAUCACCUGUGGACCCUUUCUCCGUAGCUGCUGUGAUGGAUAUUCUAAUUAGUAUUGUAGCACCCCGAACCCUUCGAAGGUCGCCACAAGCACCGAUGUUACAUCUUAUUACCCUUUUGAUCUACCCUUAG